UGCACCAGGAAGUACUUCUUAUCUCCGCUAGAGACCACGUGGGUGUAAGAGUAGUGUCCAAGUCAACACAGCCUUGCCUUUGACUGUGGAAGAUUCUGCUAUUAAGCGCAAUACACAGUGUCUAUCUACGUAUAUAGACAGACCUGUUAAGCAGGUUACACCAAGCAAAUGGCAACAGACGCAAAAAGACCCAAGCAGGACAAUGGAGCCAGCGCACAGAACCCCGGAGAGGACAAAACGCUCCAUUCUUUCCUCAGCUGGUGUAAAGAGGUCAGACUGGAACUCAGUGAGAAGGUGUACGUUAGCAGGGAAGGCACUGUGGCUGACUACGGAAUGCUAGCCAGGGAGGAGAUUGAAGAAGGAGAGGUGAUCUUCUCAAUCCCCAGGGCCGCCCUGCUGAAUCAGCACAGAACCGCCAUCCACUCCAUCCUCGAGAAAGCUGAAGAGGGCUGUGCCUGGUCUCCCUGUCUCUCUCCAGAGGAGGAGUCCCUGAAGAGCCAGUCCGGCUGGGUCCCUCUCCUCCUGGCUUUGAUGUUCGAGUACACCAACAGCGAGUCUUACUGGAGCCCCUACCUGUCUCUCUGGACAGACUUCAGGGCUCUUGACCACCCCAUGUUCUGGCCCGAGGAGGAGAGAGAGAGGCUGCUGCAGGGCACAGGGGUCCCGGAGGCUGUCGAGAGAGACCUCGCCAACAUUCUGAAGGAGUACAACGACAUCGUCCUGCCUUUUAUCCAAUCGCAUCGCGAGGUGCUGGACCCGCAGAAGCACACGCUCGAGCUCUACCAGAGCCUGGUGGCCUUUGUCAUGGCCUACAGCUUCCAGGAGCCCCUGGAGGAGGAUGAGGAAGAUGAGAAGGAGCCCAACCCUCCCAUGAUGGUUCCCAUGGCGGACAUCCUAAAUCAUGUGGCCAAUCACAAUGCCAACCUGGAAUUCAGAACAGACAGUUUAAAAAUGGUGUCUGUCAGGAGGAUCAAGAAAGGAGAGGAGGUGUUCAACACCUAUGGAGAGUUGGCCAACUGGCAGCUCUUGCACAUGUAUGGCUUUGUCGAGUCGUACCCGAGCAACACCAACGACAGUGCAGACAUCCAGAUGGCCACCGUGUACAAGGCUGCACUGCAAGCUGCCAGGACAGAGUCGGAGCGCAGCCUAGUGGUGGAGAAAUGGGAUCUCCUGUGCCAGCUGGACAUUGUGGGCGAGGAGAGGGCGUUUGUGUUUGGUCAGUCUGGAUCGCUGACCGACGAGGAGCUCUACACCUCACUCAAGGUGCUCUGUAUGCCUGUGGAGCAGUUCAAGGAGUUUAAAGAGAAUGAGGGCUGGGAGGAAGCUGAGGAGGAUGAUGAGGAUGAGAUGGCAGCAGCACUGUCCAAUGAGGGGAUUCCCAAACUGAGCUUGCCAUGGAGACAGCUGCUUGGGGAUAGUGUCACCCUCACACUCCAGGACUAUGCAGACAAGCUGCAGCCAGACAAGGAGCUGCUGGGAGAUCGGCAAGCAUACGGCCGUCUCAGCAGCAGGGAACGCCUAGCGUUGCAGCUCCGCUAUGGGCAGAAAGUAACUCUACACCAGCUUCUGGAGCUGACACUGUGCCACUCCAUCUGAGAAUUGACUGCAGGGAUUUAAAACACAAAUUUGGAAAAUAUUUUCACAUCAUUAAUCCUUUUAAGGAAUCCUUUUGUCUUUUUCAAAUCCUUUGGAACACGCACUUUUCAAAUGGCAAUACAUUCACACACCUCCCAAACAUUUUACCGUAGGUCAUUGAGCUGAACUUUCAUUAGUGUCAAUUUAAUCAAGCACACAUGACAUUUUAUAUAUAUACUAUAUAUAUAUAAAAAAAAAUGUUCUGCAAGAUGUCAAUUAAGAGUUUAAUUACAAUUGGAUGAGGGGUUUCUAAGACUUAACAGUUCAGCUAUACAGAUGUCUUUCCUCAGUAAAUUGAAAAUCAGGAACUUCUGUUUAUUACAUUUUAAACCGAUGAAGUAAACUGUUAGACACACGAGGCAUUUUAAGCCUUUAGAAUAAAGCACUUCAGCAUCUGG